AUUACUGGUGGAUCUGAUUGGGUUUGAGCAUGACGGCAUGUUGCUCUGCGCUCGUCAUUGCGCCGAUGCGCAUCGUCCUCGCUGUGCGGCUUGUGAUGAGAGCAUCUUGGAAGACGAUUACACACAUGCCCAGGACCGAGACUGGCAUCUUGACCACUUUACAUGCCGUUUUUGCGAGUGCCAGCUCUCGGAACGCGAAUACGUGACCAUGAACGAUCAGAUUUGCUGUUUGGCGUGCUUUGACCGCCAACAUGGCGAGGUGUGUGAAGCUUGUCACCAAGUCAUUCGCUCGACUGAAGGCAUGAUCACCGACGGUCGGGCACACGGCCGAGCCUGGCAUCGUGCUUGCUUUGUCUGCGCUGCCUGUCGACAACCGCUCGCCGGAAAAAUGUGUAUUCCUCGCGACAACCAGCUCUUCUGCAAAACCGACUACGAGCGCCUCUACAAGAAGGUCGAACGCAAAAGUCUACGCAAGAAGAAAACCAGUCGCCCAACCCUCAGCGCCGCCAGCAGCGUCUUCUCCAUGGCUCAAGCCAUCACCCCACAGAGCCACAGCAUGCCAGCGAGUCGGACCUUGACGAGACUGAUGAGACCGACUCUGAUCAGGAUGAAGAUUGCGUUGACUCGGUACGUACCCAGCCCGAGUCAUUUGAACACCCCAACUGGAACUUCUCCCGCCUCAUUUUCUCUGUUCAUCUGUUCAACGCUGAUCCUCAGGCGGCCUUUCUGGCCGUAUGUCGGGCCAGCGGCCUGCCCAUGGAAGUGCAGACUGAAGCGCGAGAAAUUGUUGACCUGCUGGUCUUAGCGCUCGACCCAGCACAGACCUGGACGGGCUUGGAGUCGACCUAUUGGUCGGCCGUGGCCAUGCUCUUGGCUGCGCGCCAACCAACCGCCUCGGGUUUCAUGCUCUUGGCCACGGGCGGGCUCACAGUGUCCGACCUGCUACAGCGCUGCGAGCUCAAUGCCGUCACAUUUUUUGACCACUGCCGACAGGCCCUGGCAGCUCUUCGCACAAGUGCCAACGUGGACGCGGACUUUUCCCUCACCCGUCUCAAUCUUUUUGAGGCGUACUGCAACCAUAUGCACCGCAGCUUUGUGGUCAUGUGUCAGCUACGCCACCAACUCGAGCGCUAUCUCUACAACCUUUUCAGUACUGAUCAGCACAACUCGGAGAUUCAUGCGCGCAUCAAACAAUUCGUGUGGAUCACCUUUCAAGCGGCGCGCAUCAGUCACAUCCAUGACACCGUCUUGCACACCGGCUGCGAGUCACUUCUGCACCUUCUCAUCUGCGUUGUCCACCACGCCGUUGUGCGCUGCGAUGCACCUUUGCUCCGCCCCAAUUUGGCUGUUGAGCUCAUCAAGCAAAAACCUAGCACAAGCGAUCCCUGCUUGGAGCAACUCGACACCAUCUGCCGUACCUUCAAGUUCAACCGCGACGAAAUCUUGGUCAUCCGACGCUCCUUUUGGGAACCGUUUCUGCGAGACUACGAAAACCUGCUGUUCUUUGUGGAUGGACAACCGCAGCCCAUGGCGAUGACCUAUUUGAGCCAAAUCUACGAGCAGCAAUACUAUCGCCAACCUCAGUACGCGGGUCUUGAUGAUCGUCUCUACAUCGAUCAGGUACCCCACCUUCAGCUUCCGCCUAGCAUCGCUAGCCGAGGAAGCAGCACCGUGGACUUGUUGCAAGCAGGGACUCGCGAUGUUCUUCAUCGAGCCCGCCGCAACUUACUCGGGGAACUGCGUCAAACCGCCGACCCUGUCAACCCAGAAGACUCGUCAGCUGCCGAUCGUGGCCAUCUUGAGAAUGAGACGGGGCGAGCUGCUGUUUCCAAAUCUGACGCUGGGGCCGCCGCAUGCGCCAUGCUGAACAUGAACUGUUCGGCUUCGGCACCGCCUCAGCCUCAGCCUCAGCCUCAGCCCCAACCACAGGUCCGACCCCCGGCACCCUCAUCAGCCACCACUCCGCGAAGCCGCGCUCGGCCAAUGCCGCAGCCUACGCCCUCGCACGACGCCCUGCAGCGCCUGCGCGCCACAGCCAGUGGCACUAACAUGCCCAGCACGCCUUCGUCCCCGCUGCGCCAAGCUGCACAACAGCUACGAGAGUUUAUGGAAGAGCUGCCACAGCACACGGACGGGCCUAGCUUCGAACUGGCCAAGUGUUUUUACGAGUGCGAUCAAACCCGUGAUACUGCCACCACGCAGCAGGAAUGCAAGCAACUGCUGAGCGUUGUUCAAGACCAGGUCGUACGUGCUCUUCGGGGCCAUCAGUACGCAUACUUUUGGGAGACGCACGAGAAGUCGCUGAUCACGGAAAGUGAAAAGCUGUUCUGGUGGCUCCUCCACGACAUUUUGGCCAAAUCGUUGAACACGUCUCUGCUUGGGCGUGCCGCCUUCCUGCGCGCCGUCAUGGCCCUCAGUUACGAGGUUGUCUUGCAAGUUCAUCGCCGCGAGUGGUUUCAAGUCCCCGUGCCGUCGCGUCUGCGAUUUCCUUGGAUUCUGCAUGUCGCCCACGUGCCACCGGAGAACGUGCUCAAAGUCAUUGAACCCUGCAUUGUUCACACGCUCAGCGCCUAUCCCGUCAUCACGCAAUAUCUUGCCGAUUUGGAGGCGGGCGUGCUCCAGCAACAGCUUUGGGCUGUGGGUUCGAGUUUCCUGGCACGAAUGCGACGCGAUGGUGUUUACCUACCGACCGUCCACGAGUCGGGCACUAUCGACCGGCCAGGACGCCGUCACCCGCCUCAGCCACACAGGGCAUCGCCAGCUCGCCGCAAUUUGAGCUCACUUUUUGCGGACGAGGGCGAGCCGCUCGCAAAACGGGCUGCACGGGAGCUCGCACCCGUGGACAACAACGCGACCCCGAGUGCAAGCUCCCGCAGUGGAUCUCAGGCAAGCCUCCCGCACACUCUAUUGACACAGGUUGCAUACAAGUUGUAUCCCCUGGUCAUUGACCGCCUGUCCGAGCUCAUCCAUCGCCUCAAGGAGGUGCCUGGGGCCGUUGUCACUUCAAUUACGAAAAUGGCCUGGAAUUUACUGCUGGAUGUCUUUCACAACCACAUUCAGCUGCUUGAAGGCAUGCACACGGAUCAAUUGAUCAUCUGCUGCGUCUACGCCAGCCUCAAGCGGCGUUUUCCGAGGCAGAUUGCAUUCAAGUAUAUUCGCGAGCAGUACGAGUCCAUGCGAGGAGUCAACGAGCGGCUUGCCAGCACUGCGUCUGUGGCCUGGGGCGACGACUUGCAAGGCCUUCAGGCCAUGCUGCAGAAACGCCGCAUUGACAUCCAGGACGUAGCGAUCUAUUGCCGACAGAGGCUGACACCCAUGAAUCUGACUGUGCGCCUGUGCGUGUGCGCCUUGGCAGGACAAGAAGGCGCUUUGGUCCCCCUGCCAGUCUUUCCGGAGUGCAAGCGCAUUCAGCUGACGCCACAACGCCACAGCCAAAGCCCUGGACCAUUUGGACGCAACGUGUUUGUGUCACCCCUUUUGUACCGUUCAGAAGAGGCGGCAGCGUUGCGCGUCACGCGGAAUACGCCGAUGGCUUGCAAAACACCAACUUCGCGACUGCGUGCUUCAGACUCGAUUCGCACAAGCUUGCAAGACUUGAGCAAGGCGAUGUAA